GACACCUUUCCUCUUCACGGCCUAGCUAGCUCUUCCCCUCCAAACGAGUAUAGUACCCGGUCGACUCGAUCCAGGGCUGGCUUUUGAUAUACAAGUCUGUAAAUUUAUAUAGAUGGGGAGCUAUGGAGAUUACGGAGUGGAGCUCACGGAGCUGACGCUGGGGCCUCCGGGCGCCAGGGCGCGCAGGGCGAGGCGUGCGAGGAAGAACGGCGGCGAGGCCGAAGCGGCGGCGGCGGCGACUUCCCCGGCGUUCGUGAAGGUGAGCAUGGACGGGACGCCGUACCUUCGCAAGGUGGACGUGGCGGCGUACGCCGACUACGACGAGCUCCUCGAGGAGCUCAACGCCAUGUUCCACUGCUGCUCCAUCGGGCUGAUGGACGGUUACGGCGAGUGGGAGCACGCCGUGGUGUACGAGGACGGCGACGGCGACUGGAUGCUCGUCGGCGACGUGCCAUGGGAGAUGUUCGCGUGCUCUUGCAAGAGGAUGAGAGUGAUGCGAGCGUGCGAGGCCAGAGGGCUGAGCUCCACCGCCUGACAGUCUGAGACGCACGCAUGCAGAAUGCCCGCAGGGUUUCAGUACGCGUGUAGAUAUGGUCUGAACCUUGCACGUCGCUCGAUCGAGUCAGGUGACAACGCUGGAGACGAAGAGGAUGACGCGAUUCUGACCGAUGCCAUGCAUAUAAAAGAUCGACCGCGUGGCAUUAGAUUAGAUGGGAAUAAAAUGUUGGUUGACUUGAACAAAAAAAUACCCAAAAAAUAUGGUCGAUAUGAUCCUCCUCUUGGUGCUUCUCACAUGAGGCUGAUGAUACGGUUUGACCUCGUGAGAUCCAAAUAUUCUACUAGUGCCUCAUCCAUCCUUCCCCUGCAUUAUCAACCUGCACGGCCGCUGUCACACUCCUUCAUUCCAUCUAGUUGCUACUUGCUAAGUACUUCGGCUGUAUGUCACAUGUACAUGGAUCGAGAGUUGGUGUACCUCCCAAAUUUUGAUGAAAAUAUCCUUCCCAUGAAUUGGAAGAUCUUUAGGGACACUGUAUUUGAGGAUCUUGAAUUGAGCUGGGAACUUUGUGGUU